CUGUCUUUAUGAAAAUGUUCAAUAUUUUCAAAUUAUUAUUAUUACAGAAGUCAUAUGUUAUUUGCAACAAAACUUUAUUAGAGUUAAAUUAUGAGCAAAAUUUUAAGUUGUGAUUUCGAAGUGUUUGGUAUUGUGCAAGGUGUCUCCUUUCGCAUGUAUACGGAGCGACAAGCUAAGAGCUUGGGGAUACGCGGAUGGAUAAUGAAUACGUCUUAUGACACGGUUAAGGGUCAAAUUGAGGGCACGGAAGCAGUGUUUGCCGAAAUGUUAUUUCGUUUUAAAUUAAACGAAUGCAUUAAAAUGCAAGAAACGAAAAAAACGAUAUAAGUAGAGAAUGGAUCUAUUUUCAAUAUUUUCCAAGAAAAAGUAUAUCCACCAAAGAAAAAUUUAAGUCAAAAAAUCAAUAAUAUAACAAAAGGAGUAGGAAGGAAUCCAAUACCAAUAUUUCUUGAGAUAUAUAUAUGGUGUUUUUGAAAAGAAUACCCGUAAAAGUACUUCCAGGCAAGAAAUCUCGAAUAUCUCAAAAUACUUCAAUCGUAUAGUCACAUCCUAUUUUAUAUUUGCAAUUAUACAAAUAUGUGAUGUCAUGUUAAAAUAUACCCAGAAUAUAGCUUUCAAUCAACAAAGCCCCAAAUACCUCAAAAUAUGUAAAUACAAACAUACAAAUAUCAACUAUGUAUGAAAAAUG